UUUUGUUAUUGUCACUGAAUUUAAAUUGAAUUGAAGAGUUUUCAUUUUAUUCCAUUGUAUUUUUGUUCUUUUGAAAGUAUUCUUCUUCUAGGGUGUGUUGAGUAUUACAAUAAAUUGAAUUUUGACAGUAACUGUAGUAAAGACUGUUUUCAUAGAUUACUACAAUAUUCACGAUAUAGUAGUGAGAUUUCUUUGUUGCUUUUUUAGUGAAUGAAAUCAAUUUCACUUCUUGAAGAGAAACCGAUUGAAAGAUUACAAUAAUUUUUUAUUGAAUAUUAAUAAUUGAUAAGAGAAUUUCAAUCAAAGAAUCAUACGUAGAAAAAUUAGAUAAACAUUCUAAUGUAUUCAUAAGCCUAAAUUAAAACGCAUUAAUUAAAUGAUACAUCAUGGAAAUACAUAAUACCAAUACUAACAUGCAUCCAAGUGGGGAAUUAUCGUUUAAAGAACAAAUACAAGGGAAAAUGUUAAGUUUCUUAACUAAUAAAGGUGUUGUCAAGUCUGAAGUUAGCGCAGGUUAUGGACAAAUGAAUACUGAUGGAUCAAAUAGUGCAGCGUACACUGACAACACAUGUCAAGGCAAAUGCAUGUAUUAUUUAUGCUGUAACUGUUCUAAGCGUUAUUAUACAGCAUGGUUGUCAAGUUUAGGCUUUAUGAUUACAUUUGGCAUUCGAUGUAAUAUGAGUUGGGCUAUGUUGACUAUGCAAGCAAGAUAUAUGGCAGCGAAUUUGUCUCAUUUACCACCUCAUAAACAUUAUGAGCAUACACAUCAUGAAUCUGGUGAUCAUGUGGUUGGAUUUGGUGGACUAAUGAAUGUGACAGUGAAACCAGAUUUCUAUUGGACAGCAGGUCAAAGAGGAUUUGUUGACAGUUCAUUCUUUUAUGGCUAUUUAAUAACUCAAAUACCUGGUGGUGUUAUAGCAGCUAAAUUUCCAGCCAAUCGAUUAUUUGGCAUCGCUGUUGGUGGAAGUGCUUUUCUAAACUUAUUAUUACCAGCUGCUUGUAAAAUUCACUUUGGUUUAGUGAUGACAAUUAGAAUGUUACAAGGUUUAGUUGAGGGUACAUCUUAUCCAGCAUGUCAUGGAAUAUGGAGAUAUUGGGCGCCACCACUUGAACGUUCUCGACUAGCAACAAUUGCAUUUUGUGGUUCAUAUGCUGGUGCAGUACUUGGAUUAUCACUUUCUGGUCUACUAGCUCAACAAAUGGGAUGGCAGUCACCAUUUUACUUUUAUGGUAUUGUCGGUAUAAUGUGGUUCUUUUGGUGGUGGAAUGUUACACACGAACGCCCCUCUUUACAUCCAACUAUAUCAGAAGCUGAACGAAAGUACAUUGAAACUUCAAUUGGAGAAUCACCCACGAUUAACGAAAGUAAAAUACCGAUUCCUUGGGGAAAAUUCUUUACAUCGCUUCCUGUCUAUGCGAUAAUUGUUGCGAAUUUCGCAAGAAGUUGGUCAUUCUAUUUAUUAAUUACAAAAUCACCAAAAUAUUUUCGUGAAGUAUUUGGUUAUAAUUUAGCUGAGACUGGAUUUUUGUCGGCAUUACCACAUUUAGUAAUGGCUGUGAUUGUUCCAAUCGGUGGACAGUUGGCUGAUAAAUUACGAAAAAAUACAUUAUCAACAACAGCUGUAAGAAAAAUCUUCAACUGUGGAGGUUUUGGAAUAGAAGCAAUCUUUCUAAUUGGUGUUGGUUAUUCAAAAACCAUUACAUCAGCACUGGUAUGUCUUGUUCUAGCAGUCGGUUUUAGUGGAUUUGCAAUAUCAGGUUAUAAUGUUAACCAUUUGGAUAUUGCACCUCGUUAUGCUAGUAUAUUAAUGGGUUUGUCCAAUGGUGUUGGAACAAUCUCUGGUAUGAUUUGUCCAAUUACAACGGAAUUACUUACUAAAAAUCAAAACAAGGAAGGAUGGCCAAUAGUGUUUUUGAUAGCAAGUCUAGUUCACUUUACUGGUGUUACAUUUUAUGCUCUCUUUGCAUCUGGAGAAAAACAAGCUUGGGCAGAAGCACCUGAAGAAGCUCAGUGUAAUUGGCAACCACCAACCGACUUACCAGCAGAGAUGCAUGGAGAAUAUGGCUAUGGGGAUCCAUCUGAAAGAAAAGAUAACAAUACAUCUUUUCGAAGAGUAAGUAAUCAAAGGAAUUCAUUAACUGAUAGUAACCAAAUCUACACUUCGAAUUCAAGAUACACACCGGGUUAUAAUCAGUCCACUGUAAAUGAUCCACAGAUAAAUUUUCAAGAAUAUGGUUAUGGUGAAACUUUGAGUGGAACAACAAACAGAAAAAGUGAUAAUCCCUAUCAUCAAGGUUAUUAAAAGUAACCUGAAAAUAGAAAUUAAUUUUUCACUAAUCAUAACAAUAUCAAGAGUUACUUAUUUCAGCCAGUAAACAAUUCACAAAUAAUCCAUAUGUACUCCUGAAUCAUCAAAUAUUAUAUCACACUUUGUACGGAAUCGAAAUUUCUAUGAGAAAAUAUAACCACUAUUAUUAAUACUAUCAAUGAUUUAAAAUAAAACAUUGUUUCGUGACUAAGAACAUAGAGACAUGUUUAACUGUCCUAUCGAUCUGUUGUGACAGAUUUAAUUUAUCCUGUCUUUGCAACACUUAUUUAUCAGUAUAUAUAUAUACAUAUGUGUAUUGUUUGGUUUUCUUAUUCAGAAUGAAACAUGAAUAUUUAUUUCCCUAUUUAUUUACUCCAAAACUUAACUGUUAAUUUGUCUUAGAAAUCAUUUUCUCCAGCCAUAUUGGUUAGCACGACUGUGAAAAACAAACAUUUUAUUUAUUUAUUGAAAUCCAAAUGAAUACAGCACUUAUUGUCACUACCACUACUAUUAUUAUUGUUAUUAUUAUUAUUCUAAAGGUUAUGAAAUUAAUUUUCAACACAUGAAUUAGUUUUCUUGUCAAAGAAUAGUCAAAAUGAAGAGAAAAGCAAUAUUUUCGACAGUUUCUUUUACGCUUCUUAUUUCGAGACCCCAUAUUGCUAUCGUUUUCUGACUUUUUCUUUAUACUCUCCAAAGAUUUGGUAAUUCUUUUUUUAAUUUUUUUCAAACACACACCCAGUUUCAAAGAAAUUGGUCUUAAUCAAAUGAACCGUUUCACAUUUUACUUCUCUUUAAUAGACUCCACUCGAAAUAUUCGUUUUACUUAAUGCAUGGUGUGACCUGCGCAGAUGCACAUUUAUGGUGAGAUAUAUCAUACCAGUUUUCAAAACGGAAACAUCUAGUAAAGGAUUUCCGAAAUCAAUUGUAACUUUUUGCUUUCUUUUGAAAUAACCCAUUAAAAAUAGGUAAUUUCAGUAGCCCAAAGAUUCUCAUAGAAUGUCCAAAAACAAAAAAAUAUCUUAGAGUAAACAUUUGUUUUUAAUAAAU